CUGUCCAACUGGAAGAGAACCUGAAAGUCCUUUCCCUAAAGAGACUUAAUACUGUUCGUUGGCAUUCACGCGAUCUAAAGGUCCUUCUCUCUCGUUAUGACUGCAUUUUAAGUGUCCUGGAAACCGUUGCGUUGGACAGUUUAAUUGAUGGAAACCCACGAAAAACGAGCAUUGGCUUAUUGAAGCAGAUUCAAACAAAGCAGUUUCUGGCUACCGCGUACCUCUUUCGAGAAAUAUUUGCAUCCGCUGGUCCGCUAAGCCGAUAUUUACAACGCGUUGAUGUUGAUUUUGGAAAAGCCCUGGGUAUGGUCGAAAGCGCGAUUGACGAGCUCAAUGAAUUGUGUAAAGAACCGGAGCUGAUUAUCAGAUACGUCGAGCAAAAACACAACUCCCCCAGCGUGAUCUGGCAACAACCAAGAAUCAGACGUCGAAGACGAAUCGAUGAUGAAAAUGCCGAAGGCGAACCUGCGGAAACACCAGAAGAUCACUGGAAACGUAACACAUUUUACGUUUCUGUGGACACAAUCUUAAAUUCAUUGAAGAAUCGGUUUGAGAAAAACCAACCCUUGCUCCAAGCUUUUUCGUUGUUUGCCCCAAGCCGUUUCCCACAACUUGUGAAGAAUUUCAAAACCGCACAUGAUCUUCAAGCGUGCCUUAACACCUUUUGUGAAACGUACAGUAUAGAUGCGUUUAGAUGUGCUGACGAAUUGUUCAACUUUGCUCGUUCUUUUGAGAAAUUCGACUGUUCAACUAUCUGCCAGCAAGAAGAUGAUGAUGAUGACGGCGAACGACGACGACGAUGACUAUGAUGAUGAUGACGGCGAGGACAACGAUGGUUAUGAUGAUGAUGACGAGGACGACGACGAAAUCUCAAGCAC